AUGACUGUUUAUUCUGUGGUGCAGACUGCUGCUCAACUCAUAGGCUUGGCCAGGGUCAGGGGGGAGCAUUUUGGUGCUGGGCGUGGGGAAACACUGAGGGAGUGCGUGCCAACCUCAUGUCUAUCCCUGCCACCCCACAGCUCACCUGUCCGCUCCUUUGUUCAGAGGAAUGCUGCCAUCUACUACUCCUCAUAUGCUGUCUUCCUGGUGACCUACCUGGUGCUGGUAUGCUGCCAGGGCCCCCGGAGACGCUUCCCGUGGAACAUCAUUCUGCUGAGCAUCUUUACCUUGGCCAUGGGCUUCAUGACAGGGACGAUUGCCAGCACGUACCGGACAAAUGCUGUCCUCAUCGCCAUGCUCAUCACCGCCAUUGUGGCCAUCAUUGUCACUAUUUUCUGCUUCCAGACCAAGGUUGACUUUACGUCGUGUCCGGGGCUCUUCUGUGUGUUGGGCAUCGUGGUCAUGGUGACAGGGAUCGUCACAGUCAUCGUUCUCUCCUUCAAAUAUGUGCCCUGGCUCCACAUGCUGUAUGCAGCCAUCGGGGCUAUUGCUUUCACCCUGUUCCUGGCCUAUGACACGCAGCUGGUGCUGGGCAACAGGAAGAACACGCUGAGCCCUGAGGAGUACAUCUAUGGAGCCCUCACCAUCUACACUGACAUUGUCUACAUCUUCACUUUCCUCCUGCAGAUUGUGGGCCGAGAUUGAGCCCCUGCUUGGGACCCCUUACCCCCUCCUCAAAAUGCUUCUUUCUCUUUCUUCCAUUGGCCAAGCUACUCCUCUCCCAGCCUCCCAGUCACCAGCCAGGCUCCUGGUAUCCCCAGUUGGGAUACUGCUGGCUACCACGGCUGCAGCCCCUCUGCCAUCCAGUUGUCCCCAUGAGGCCACUCACUGCCCCAGAGCUCCAAGGCACCAGGACCAGGGAUGACACUGGGGCUGUCCCCAUGGGUGGGACGGCCAGAGGUGCUCCCAGCAUGGGGGGGUGCUCUGCUCGCUUGUAAAUAGGCUUUGAAGCUGGUACCUGUGUACAGUUCUGCCUGGUGUCCUCGGUGCUUCAGCACCCCUUGAUUGUGGCCUGCUGGAGGAGAAGGGUUCCCUGUGUCCCACACUUGGGCCCUGAGGCUCUCUGGCCCAGGGGGAUUGCCAGCAGCCAAUGGGACAGUGCUGGGCUCUGCCUGGGGCCCGGGCUCCAUUCAGUGCCUUAAAUGCAAUGUUCGCCUUUGCCCUGGGCACAGCGGGGCCUGGUAGGCCUCAGGCCCCAUUGGUCUCUCUGCAGGCCUGGCCUUGGGCCACGCUCAAUUGUUACACAUGCUCAAUAAAACACUUUAAUUUUCCA